UCAACGUCGACAAAGGAUAGACGACAUUAUUCAUUAAAAAAAAUUAGAACAAGAACUGUUAAUUGGGUUGUAAAUAUAUACGAAAUAGUGAAUACCCUUUGCUGUAUUUAAAGCUUUAUUAAGUUGUCAAUUUAAAUGUUAUGGAAGCUUAAAACAGAGGAAUAAAAAAAGCAACGAAAUGGUUGUUUCACCGCAAAGCCCUGCCAGCGAAACCCAAAGCGUGCAAGUAAAAAAAAUCAAUAUGGCGUCCAAACAAACUUCAGUCGCAGACACAAGAACUGAAUUAGCUGAAUUAGUAAAGAGAAAAGCAGAGGUCGCUGAAACUUUGGCUAAUUUAGAGCGUCAAAUAUAUGCUUUUGAAGGUUCAUAUUUGGAAGAUACACAGCUCUAUGGAAAUAUUAUACGAGGUUGGGACAGAUAUCUAGCAACUAACAAAAGUACAAAUUCUAAGGCAGAUAAGCGUAAUAGGAAAUUUAAAGAAGCAGAGAGACUAUUCUCAAAGUCUUCCAUUACAUCUAUGGCCGCUGUCAGCGGUCUUGUAGAUCCCGCUGAGGCAAAAAAUGAAAGAAAUAGUGAAACUGAAUCUCAAACAAAUGAAGACUCUUCUGAUACACAAAUUAGUACUAGCAUGAUUGGUAAUUUAAAUCAUACUACAAUACAUGGCUCAACAGAAAGUAUUGCAUCUAAACCUUCAGGCAAACAACACACUAAUGGUGCCAUUGAAAAGAGCCUUAACAGUGCACUGACAAAGCAAAGUAUGUCACAGAAAAUUGCUACCUCAUCUAAUGUACUUCAAAAAACUUUUGGAAACGACAAUAAAAUGCUAUCAGCUGUGGGUUUAGAUAGCAGACCAAGCACACCAAAAGAAAAAGAUAGUGGAAUUGGUUUAUUAAAUAAAGGUGAUACAACACCAAAUGCCUUAAAACAUAAAUUAUCAAAUAGUAGUAAUAACAGUAAUAUAAAAAAGAACAAUAAUAAAAAAGCAAGACAUAGAUAAUCUAAUUAAACACUAAUACAUUUUCAAUUGUAGUUACUAACUAUCCAGAGGCUAUGCUUUGGAUACUUAUGUUUUCAUUCAAUGAAUGGACAAAUAAAAGUACUAUAACAUUUCAUA